CUUUCUUCCUUUGGUGGUGUAUCUACUCCUCCGGCGCCCAUUCUCCUCCACUCUCUAUCUUUUAACCCUCGAGUCUACAUCUCCCCGACAAAAAAAGAGAAGCAUGUCCAUCUCGCUCCAACUCACCCUUCGAACCCGCGCCUAAGCCCGGAUACCCUCCCUCCCUCCCUCAGCACUUUGCGCCAAUCCCCACCACAUCCCAACACUCGAUCGACGGCCUUCCAUCCCUGCAAAUUCACCUGAACAGAGCCUCCCUCCGUCACGCCAAACGCUCACACGAUGGAUCUCGCCAACACGCUCAUCCGAAGCGUGGUCCGCGCCUUCUACGAGACCCGCCACAUCCUCGUGGUGGAUGCGCUCUUCAUCCACUCAGUUCUCCACGCAGAAGACCUCGCCUUCCUGCUCGGCAUGCAACAGAAAGACCUCCGCAAGUUAUGCGCCAAGUUGCGUGAGGACCGGCUGAUCUCGGUGAGCACGCGCGCCGAAAUCCGCGACGGCUCGACCCGCCCCGUCAACCGGGAAUACUACUACAUCCCGCUGCACCCGGUGGUGGACGCGAUCAAGUACAAGGUGUCGAAGCUAACGUCGACGAUCAAGGCGCAGUACACGCCCAGCGAGGAGCGCAAGGAGUACGUGUGCCUGCGGUGCGGGGCGGAGUGGACGGAGCUGGACGUGCUGAGCCUGUACUCGGAGGAGGGGUUCGAGUGCCAGAACUGCGGGGCGAUCCUGGAGCGGACGGAGGACGUGAAGGGGACGGAGGGGAUCGACCGGACGGGCCACGAGAAGAACAGCAAGCUGAUGAACCAGCUGGACCCGAUGCUGAAGCUGCUGAAGCAGAUCGACUCGGUCGAGGUGCCGCCCAACGACUUCGACACCGCCUGGGACCACAAGGUCGACGUCGUCCGCAACCAGCAGACCAACCCCACGCGGGCCUCCGUCGUCGUCCCCUCCAAGAACGGCCCGGAGUCCGUCCGCGGCAACACCAAGACCGACGCCACCGCCCUCGAGAUCUCGCUGACCUCCAGCGAGGAGAAGAGCGCCGCCGAGCAGGCCGCCGAGGCCGCCCGCAAGGCCGCCGUCGAGAAGCAGAACGCCCUCCCCGUCUGGCACACCCACUCCACCGUCUCCACCGCCGCCGGUAACCUGCCGCUCGUCAAGGCCGAGAACGAGGACGGCGACAGCAAACCCAUCAUCAAGGACGAGGACGAGGACCGCAAGCCCGACGUCGACGGCCUGGACGAUAAGGUCGCCGCCUACUACGCCGAGAUGGAGCGCGAGAAGGCCCUGCAGGCCCAGCAGGACGCCAGCAGCGAGGAAGACGAUGACGACGAGGACGACGAUGAAUUCGACGAGGAGUUCGAAGACGUCGGCGGCGUCUCCGCCAGCGAGACCACCAGCGCCGCCUCGCCCGCCGUUGCCGGUGGUGCCGGUGGUGCUGGUAGCGUCGGCCCCACCAGCGCGCCCAAGUCUUCCACCACCACCACCACAACAGCAGGAAUCAAACGCGAGCUCGACACGGAUUCGAGCUUCGCCAGCGCCACCCAGACCUCCGUCGCCUCGCCGGCCACGGAUGACGGCGGCGGCGGCGGUGGUGUUGGUCCCGCCGCAAAGAAAGUCAAGGUCGAGCCCGACAUCAAAAAGGAGGAGUCCGACGAGGAUGAGGACGACGAGGAGUUUGAGGAUGUGUAGGCUCAUACGUAUCCGGUUCCCCCUCCCUCCUCUUCCCGCUCCAUUAGCCUUUGGUAAUGGUAAUGGUGAUGGUCUUUGUUCCCUGUUCUUCUUUCUAUCUUCCGCUCUCUUCAAUCGUGUUCACCAUAGCCCUUUCUCCCCCCGGCUGAGUCUAUUAUAGCGAGUCCUCCCUCUCUUCCCCUCCCCUCCUUUAUCUGCAGAACUGGAUGUUUCUUGCAUAGGUGCUGGCGCCUAGCUGGAUAGUUUAGAAAGAAGAAAAAAAAAUAAUUCUUGCAAUCACUAGUG